GGUGUUGCAAAUCCCCCAGUUUCCUGGAUCUCGUGCAUAAAAACCCAGCGCCUGGAAUGGUGAAAGGCAACAGCUGAGAGAAACUCCGAAGAGUCACAAUGGCUUCCACUACAUUCCUGACUCUGCCUUCUGGCAAGAAGAUGCCGCAGCUGGGCCUGGGCACCUGGCUGGUAAGCAAAAAAGGAUGCUUUGCUCAUCUAAAUUGUUGUUCCUCUCUCGCUGUCAGGAAACUGGGUGGGAAGCUGAGAGCCAGACCUCAAAACUUUCUCCAAAUUUAGGGAUGGCUAUGGGACUCACUUGAGAGAAAUGCAAUUUUCCUCAGUCAGUGGCAGUUUGUUUUAUUUAUUUACAAAGGCAUUUACAUACCACUAUCCAGAAAAGGUAUCGGAGCCAUUUACAACAAUUGAAUGUUAAACCACACAAUCAAAACCACAUUUUAAAAAGUUUAAAUCAGAAAUCGGUGAACUGUUUUGGAAAUAUGGAUUCUUAAUUGCCUUGCAUAGGCCUGGCGGGAAAGUAAUGUUUUCAGCAGGCACUUAAAAGUUGGCACAGAAGGAACCUGCUGAAUCUCUUGUGGCAGAGAGUUCCACAGCACCAGGCCAAUGAGACUAAAGGCUCAGCUCCUUGCUGUUGUCAGGUGGACCCCACCAACUUGAGGAAUGGCCAGUGAUGUUCCUGCAGAUGAUCUCAGUGAUCGAGCUGGGAUUUGAGGGUUCAGGAGGUUCCUGAGGUACUCUGGACCUAAGUUGUAUGGGGCUUUGUAGAUUAAUACAAGGACCUUGAACUUGGCUUGGCAGUAGAUGGGGAGCCAGUGCAAAUGCUUGGGGGGGGGAUUAGGAAUGGAAAGAGGGCUCUUGUGCUCAUUCCCCACUUGUGGGUUUCCUAGAGGCAUCUGGGAGAAUAGGAUGCUGGACUAGGUGGGCCAUUGGUCUGGUCCAGCAGCCACCAUCUUCUUACUUAUUAUUUUAUUUACUGCAUUUAUACCCCCCCUUUAUCUACGGAGCUCAAGGUGGCAGAGCGUGGUUCCCCCUCUCCUCAUUUAACCCCCACGGCAACCCUGCAAGGUAGGUUAGGCUGAGAGGUAGUCACUGCCCCCCAAGGUCACCCAGUGAGCUUCAUGACCGAGUGGGGAUUCGAACCCAGGUCUCUCGCAGGUUCUAGUCCAACACGCUAACCAUUACACCACGCUGACUCUCAAGUUCUUACCUAGAGCUGCAAUCUCUUGUGGGUGGUGAAGGGAUGAGCUAGCUGCGAGGGAAACUGUUUUCUGUUAAUAAUUUUAAUAUUUCUUGUAAACUACUUGGAAGCUUUACUGUAGUCAAGCGGUAUAUAUAUAUAUAUAUAUAUAUAUAUAUAUAUUAUUUUAUUUUUAAAUGAUUUUUAUAAUCUUGCAGGCCAGAAGUUAGCCAUCCCUGUUCUGAACUUUGGAGGGAGGAGAGAGACUUCUGAGUUUAGCAAAUAAGUUGACUAAGAAAAAAUCAGGAUGGUUUAUUGUAGGAAGACAGAGCUUUUACUCCUUUCUAAACUCUGCUACAAGAUUCAAUAGAUGCCACUAGCUUAGACAGCUUUGGGUAAGAAACCCCCCCUUCCCCCAAAUUCAUGAAGGAUGGUGGAGCUUCCAGGUUCAGGGACCGUCUACCUUUGAAUACUUGCUGGGAGGAAAGGAGAAAGGAGGUUUGCUGCCUUCAUGCAUGUUUAUAGGGCAGGGUGGGGGGCACGGGAGAUGAGUUUAUGGAACGAAGGAUCCAGUGGCCCAAAAAAGUUUGGGAACCAAUGGUCUGAAGUUUAAUCCCAUCCACCCCCAAUCUCCAAAGUGGGGGUCAGUGGCAGCUGGGAAUCCUAUCUCUAAUGCCCAAAGCAUGAUUUUGCUAGUGAGCACAGCUUAGCAGUUCCCAUGCUAUUGACACUCAUUUUGAGCUUUUGAUAACAGGUGACAAAGAACUUUCUUAGUGGUCCUUUAACCUAAAGAACAAAAUGCUUUGUGGUUUUUAAUGAUAACAGUGCAGGGGGGGGGCACUGCAAAGCAAAACAAAUGCGCUUUGGGAGUUGGCUUACGAGCAUGCCCCUGUUUUCACUCUGGGUUGUAAGAGCCCUCGUUCCUCAAUCAGAUGCCCUCUGCCUGUUUGGAGGACUAAAACACCCCUCCAUUGCUAGCCAUCCUGGCCCUGCCAGAUGGGUCUGUUGGAAGCUGGGGCUGCAAUUGUAACCACCGUUAUAAUUAUCCAUAUCCUUUUCCCCGGGCUGGGACUCAAAGUGAUUUGCCCAAAUUAAAAUGACACAGAUAAAAGACAAAAAGCUUGAAAGUUAUAGAAGACAAUCAUUGAAAACUAACCAAGCUCUAAAACGAACUAUUAAAAUGCAAAAUAAAAUAAAAUAAAAUAAAAUAAAAUAAAAUAAAAUAAAAUCCUUCCAGUAGCACCUUAGAGACCAACUAAGUUUGUUAUUGGUAUGAGCUUUCUUGUGCCUGCUCAUACCAAUAACAAACUUAGUUGGUCUCUAAGGUGCUACUGGAGGGAUUUGCUUGUUUCGACUACGGCAGACCAACACGGCUACCUACCUGUUAUUAAAAUGCAGAGGUUAAAAACAGUACAGGACUUCUGGGUCAUAGCUGUCAACUUUCAGAUUUGAAAAUAAGGGAUCAGCAGCCUCUCCUGUCCCGGGGACAGUCUACGGGAUAUCUAACAAUCCGGCAUAGCAGCGGGAAGCAGCAGGAAACGGCGCUGGAAUAAGGGAAUUUCCCACAAAAAAAGGGAAGGUUGACAGCUAUGAUCUGGGUGGGGGGUGCCCAGUUGGGAAAAACUGUUCUAGAGGGGGAAACAGGCCCCUCCCAGGCCUGCUGCAUUCGGGGCAAAUUGGCAACUUUCGCCAGCCCCAUCUUGCCCCUCAGCAUCUCUCCCAUCCAGAAGAGCCAGACCUUUGCAGGUGGGAGGAGUCCGUUGGCUGGACGGAGAGAGGAAAUCAGAAACAUUUCGCUCUGGAAAUCUUAUCCCAUCCUGGUCAGCCAGGAAGCGCCUUGGGGCAAGGCAGGGGAAGGCGAGGAGAGGAACCAGCGGCUGGCCACCUUCCUUGUCCGACAGAAAGGCCCCUUCUUCGCCCCAGGCGACCAAGCCCCAGCUGAGCUUGGGAACAACCACCCUCCCUGUCUCCCGUCCUUUGGGGGAAGGAACAGCCAAGCACAGCAUUGCAGAGGAGGCACAUCAACACCCCUGUCAGCUGGCCGUGACCCCAACAAAUAUUACCAUGAUUUAUAUAAUUGUAAAGUUGGAAAGAAUCCCAAGGGUCAGCUUAGGCAAGCCGCUCAGAAUGCAGUUAGAUGGCACUUAUAUCGUGACCAAAGCUGUUCCAACAACCCUGUGGGGUAGGCCACAUUGUCCCCAUAACUUUUCUUUACGCUUUAAAUCCUCCAGCAGGCAUAUCCAAAGUCGGUUUCAGGGGCCUAAUCUGGCCCACCAGUCGUUUAAUCUGGCCCCUGUGGCAGUUUAUUUCCUGGGGUAAAAUCCUACAAAAAUCUCAACAACUUCAAUCCUCAAAAAAAAAAAAAGGUCAACAACUUUGGUUGGACCUCAUGGCUCUUCACUUCAUCAAAUCUGGCCCUCUUUGAAAAAAGAUUGGACACCACUGUGGGAACAAAAGGCAGUUUCUCUCCUAGGCUUUUCUACCCCUGUGGGGUAGAAGGGGGGGGCAGGCAUCCCACCUCCAAUACUGAAGAUAGCACAUGCCCACCAUGGCUGGCAGACACUGGUCCUCUCAUUUGCCAUGAAAUUGCUCAAUGAAGUUGAAUUAGCCUGACCUAAGGUGCUUUGUGGGACGCAGGUGGCACUGUGGGCUAAACCACAGAGCCUAGGACUUGCCAAUCAGUGGUUCGAAUCCCCGUGACGGGGCGAGCUCCCAUUGCUCGGUCCCUGCUCCUGCCAACCUAGCAGUUUGAAAGCACGUCAAAGUGCAAGUAGAUAAAUAGGGAAGGUAAAUGGCGGGAAGGUAAAUGGCGUUUCCGUGCGCUGCUCUGGUUCGCCAGAAGUGGCUUAGUCACGCUGGCCACAUGACCCGGAAGCUGUACGCCGGCUCCCUCGGCCAAUAAAGCGAGAUGAGCGCCGCAACCCCAGAGUCAGCCAUGACUGGACCUAAUGGUCCCUUUACCUUUAAGGUGCUUUGUGGCACAAGGCAGGCAUCUCUUUCAGGCCCAGGCUGCUAGUUUUUAUAGUGGAGGGUGUCUGAUAUACAGUGGUACCUCGGGUUAAGAACUUAAUUCGUUCUGCAGGUCCGUUCUUAACCUGAAACUGUUCUUAACCUGAAGCACCACUUUAGCUAAUGGGGCCUCCCGCUGCCACCGCGCGAUUUCUUUUCUCAUCCUGAAGCAAAGUUCUUAACCUGAGGCACUAUUUCUGGGUUAGCGGAGUCUGUAACCUGAAGCAUCUGUAACCCAAGGUACCACUGUACACCAUAAAAAUAAUUUCAGGGCAGGCUGCAUCAUUAAACUAUAUAAAGUCAGCAAGAACAACCUUAUGAAAUCUAUAGGACACAACAUAAAAUAAAGACCACCAUUCCUCCCUUGGUCAUCCUGUGAUAAAUAGGCCAUUCUUAAUUCAAGAAGAAACUCUGGCGGAAGAGGGAUGUUUUAGUCUGGGUUCUUCAGUAAAUGGGCUCCUUGCCCCCCCAGCUCAGCAUAAUUCACGCCAGCCACUCCUCUCCCCUCCUUGCCAGAAUACCAAUUUCCUUUGUUUACACAAACACAAAAUUUCUUCCAGUCGGCGUAAACCUGGCUCCGGGCAGGACUUCUUUCAGGACAAAAAAACAAACCCACUUAUGUUCUGACUUUGAGAACAGCGUAACGCGAAGCAGACGUCUUGCCUGCUUGGCAAAUUGGCUCGCUGGGACAUCCGAAAAAGAGAGAAAGAGGGUCUUCUUAACAAAGACAUCAGAGAAUGGCAGCAGCUUUGGGGCAGUUUUUGGUGGGCAGGCUUAGGGUAACAGGGACUGGGCGUGAUGUGAGUUGAACUAUGGUUUGUGGACUACAGUCGACUCAACGCCAUCAGUUCCAUAAUGAAGAUAGGCAGCAUAGAAAUGAACUUAAAUGAAAUAAAUAUGUAAAAGGAUUAUGGGGGGGGGGAGGGGGACCAUUUUGAGGCAGAGGGUCAGAUUACCUGAAUGGAAUAGGGAUAGACAGGGUCAGAUCCAAAAGUGGUUGUGGCCACAUUCACACAGCCAUACACAUUCCCAGUACACAAACACACACACACAAUGGGUAGAGUUAGUGAGUGGUUUCUUGGGUUUCGGUGACAUUCAGAGAACAGUGGUUUAUUCAAUGCUUUUAACUUUAAGCUACUGCAAAGUUACAGAGCUGGUAAAUUCUAAUCUGUUUAAGCACCUUAUUAAAAAAAUAUAUGCAAAAGAAGAAUGAAUUAUACAAAAUUUACAAUGGAGAGGAAAAAGCCAGAUGUACAGAGUUUGCAAAAAAAGGUGUUCCAAAAGGCAAUAAACAAUAUCUAUUUCACAGUAAAUCUAUACAUAUUUGUGGCAUUAAUUUGUUUUUUAGAAGUAUGUUCUAAAGUGGUUUCUUAUGUACAUUAAGGAUACAUAUUUAGAAUCCGAUUGUGGUUAUAUUGGUGGCUCUUUUUCUUAUGUUUGUACAUCUAAUUAAAUAGUAGCAAUAUAUUAUAGGGUGUUUUUUUAAAAACCUUUUACAAAUAUUUUUACCCAUGAUGCUCAAAGUAUCAAUGAGUCUCUUGUGCACUCUCUACAUAAUGAAGUGAAUGUUCUUAAUGCAGGGUGGAAGGUGGCAAAGGGCCUCUUGCAAAAUCACAUUUUACAUUCUAGUCAAUGAGUAUUAACACAAUAGGUGUGGGAAAUGCAAAACAGGUGUACUUUUAGGUAUGUCUAGCCUGGAGAAGGAAAGACUGAGAGGUGCUAUGAUGGUCAUUUCCAAACAUCUAAAAGGCUGUCAGAUGGAAGAUGGAGCAAACUUGGUUUCUGCUGCUCCAGAGGGGAGGACCCAAACCAAUGGCUUCAAAGUACAAGAAUGGAGAUUCUUACUAAAUUUUAGGAAGGUGGUGGACUUUCAUUGGAGGUUUUUAAACAGAGACUGGAUGGCCCUCCGUCAGGGAUUUUAAAGCUGUGUAUUCCUUCAUUGCAAUGGGUUGGACUAGAUGUCCAUUGGGUUCCCUUCCAACGCUACAAUUCUAUGAUUUAAAUACACAUGUUGGAGUUGAGUAUCAUUUAAAUUGGUGGGACUGACUUCUGAGCAACAUGCAUAGGAUCAGGUUGUCUAAAUUUUCCAAAGUGCCAGUUCUUACAGAAAGGCAGAUAAGUCCUUUCUUUUUAAACCCCGUGAAAGUUCUAAUCUACAGGGCUCUUGAAUUCAUUUUACAAACACUGGAAAUUCCCAAACGGUCCAUUUGGACUUUUGAAGAACUUAUUAUGGGCAGCAAAACUUUUUUCUUUGCGGCCACGGGGCCUGCCUUAAUGUUAUGCAUUUUGCGAGAAAAUUGUGUAUUUGUUCUUGUCCUCCCACACAAAGGGCUUCCACUGGCUCCGUUCCACAAUUCAGAAUUAAGAUGCCAUUCGCUUGACUGACGCAGGUUUCGAGUUGUAUUUCCUGAGGCCAAGCCCAAAAUUAAGCCCAGAUGGAAGGCUUGGAAGCUUCAGUUCCCUCCUCUACCAUCCCCUGCUGUAUAACCAAUUUAAUCUAGCUGAGAUGCAGAGAGGGCGGAAACUUCUUCACGCAGCACGGAGUUAAAUUAUGGCACUGGCUCCCACAGGAGGCAGGGUUGGCCACCAUCUUGGAUGGCUUUAAAAGAGGAUUGGACAAAGUCAUGAUGGAAAGGGCUAUCAGUGGCUGCUAGCCAGGAUGGCUAGCCUCUGCCUUCAUGGUCAGAGGCAGCGAUGCUUUUGAAGACUAGUUGCUGGAAACCACAGGAGAGGAGAGGCCUUGUGUGCUCCAUUCCUGCUUGCUGGUUUCCCGCCGGCAUCUGGCUGGCCACUGUGAGAACAGGAUGCUGGACUUGAUGGGCCCGAUCCAGCAGGCUCUUCUGAUGCUCUUAUAUGUGUGCAGCAGGUGAAGCCAGCUGCAGUCAUACAAGGCUGGAUUCUGCAAACUGGGAAACCUUGUUCUGCUUCCAGUGGCUUCCUCAUGAGAGGACUUCAACUGCCCGCCCACCGCAGAAUAGGAAACGGUUGGUUGCACCAUCUCAACAGAAAGGGAGCCAUAUCUGUCAGAGUGCCAGACACAAUCUAAGCCAGGCUUCCUCAAACUUGGCCCUCCAGAUGUUUUUGGCCUACAACUCCCAUGAUCCCUAGCUAGCAGGACCAGUGGUCAGGGAUGAUGGGAAUUGUAGUCUCAAAAACAUCUGGAGGGCCGAGGUUGAGGAAGCCUGAUAAGCAAUGCACUAUGUCAGAGGUGUCAAACUCAAAUUCAUCGGGGGCCGCAUCAGCAGUUUGGUCGCCCUCAAAGGGCCGGUUGUAUCUGUAGGAUGGCAUGCGCUCAAUAUAAAAACAAGUGGAGGUUUCCUGUGUAGAACGGCUGGCGCCACUAGAGGGCAGACGUUCUCUGGCUUGUAGGCUGCCGCGCAUGUGCUGAAGAGGCGGCUUUCUUGUGUCAAAAAAAAAAAGCGAGAAUAAAAGGUGAAGGCUGGCGGCCAGCGGCAGCUACACGGGCCACAUGACGAGGUCUGGCGGGCCGGAUUCGGCCCGCGGACCUUGUGUUUGACACCCGUGCACUAUGUGAUUCCUUGAAGUAUCCCAGAGGUGCAAACACUUAUGACACAUGGUGUGGCUUCUGGUAAGAAUAGGACAAGAUUCUCUCUCCUCUCUCUCUUUCUCUCAUUGCUUAUUUCACUUCUUCUUCUUCUUCUUUUGUUCAUCUGAUAAAUAUAAAUUUAUCAAGCAUUUUCAGGGCAGCUCACAAAAUUUUAAAAGGAUGACAAUAAGAUUGUUAAAUCAAGUUAAUCAACCCAGUCAGUUGCAGUCUCCCUCACAGGGUUGUGGGGUGGGGCAAGUCAGGAAACAGCACAGCACUUUGUAAAUGAUCUACAGUCCUUGCUUGCAACUUGCUUGCAUUUGACUUGCACAGUUGCAGCUUCACAAACUUGGCAGGUCAGAGAGAUUAAAAUCUCUUUCCACUGUGGGCUUUCCUGCCGCACUGAGAGCUUUUCAUCUCUCAGGCUUGCUCUGAGAGCUUCCCAGAGCCUGGGAAGCAAGGCGAAGAGCUUAAAAACUUGCUGCUUUGCUCUGGGCUGGGUGGGACAAGGCCUGUUUGGUGCACUGGCUACACAAAAGUAGGGUUGGUCACACAGGGGUGGUUCUGGGGUUGUUCUAGCUACACUCAGCUUUACACACAAUCUCCGAACCUAACCCCUGCACAAGUCAUGAGUUGAUUGUCUCUCUCUAGGGUGGAGAACCCUCGCAGUCAGAAUGAGGUGGGCUGGGAAGGAGGAGGUAUCUGCCACGGCUAGUUCUUGCAAGUUGCUUCUUCAGCUGUGCCUCCAGGGUGAAGGCCCCUUUCUUGCUCAAACCAUUUGGCUUAAAUCUGCACCCCAAAUUCCUGGCGCAGGUUCCCCGUUAUUUCAAUUUCCACCCAGACUAAUGUUCGGACAAAAGUUGAAACGCAGAUGAAGGCCGGCCUCCCAGACUGGCUGUUUACAGGAGGCGGCCUCUGCCGUGUCACGCAAGGCCCCUGGCCACGUUGCCAGCCCUGAGGCUGCCUUGAAUGGUCAGCAUCUGUGCCUCCAACACAGAUCCAGCCUGCCCAACCUCUCGCUCAAUGCUUCCUUGUUCUGCAAAGCUGGCAGCCAUCUCCGUUGGGCGUUAUCAUGCCAAGAUCACAGCCACAGGCAGAGGCAUGUGACGACUGUUCUGCCAGCUUAAUCCCAUCCACACCCUGCAAGCUAAGUGGAGCGUUGAGCCAGCUGUGAAACUUCUUGAGAGAAAGCCACCUGAGGGCACAUCUGCACAAGUGACUUACACCGGCCUAACCCUUCCUCUCCCCCGGGGAGCAGGGAGUUCUGAGAGGGAGGCAUGGAAGGAAUGUCCUCUACCUCUACGAGAGAAUCUUUGGCAGAAGCCAGCUCUCUCUGAUCACAUCCAGAUGACCUGUUUCUUGAGCUUUCGUCCUCAUUUGUUUGCACAAAGUCUUUGAGGAGGAUAUAGAAACAUCAAAUUGUAGAGUUGGGAGGGAGCCAAAGGGCCAUCUUGUCUCAAUUAUGUUCAUUGCUUAUUGAACAACAAUUGCUUUGGGCAGAGGUCAUGCAACAGGCGUCAUCGACACAGUGCCCAUGGACAGCAUGUUGCAUGCGUCUUAGUAUAUAUCUCCUCAAAACUCACAAUGCACAAGAGGUCAUUUAUUCUUCCUGCUCAGAUCCUGUUUGCACAGCCUCAGCCAAUCCAACAACAUGCUCCCUUAGCUAUGCCUUCCUUUCACUGGUUGCCAGGAUUGGCACUGGGUGCCCACCUUCCCACAAGUGUGGCAGCUGAUGUAGGUUGCUUCCAACCCAUUGAAGAAGAAGACUGCGCUGGGGAGAGCAUGCCCACACAAAGAUGUGGUCCUCCUGUCUCUCUUUGCUGCUCUUUUACAUGUGGCAGCCAUUUUGUGCUGUGCCACACCUCCAGGGCAGCCAUUUUGUGACUGACGCCUACAGCACUUUCUCCAAACUUUUGGUGGGGUCCCCCAUUACAAUGUCACAUCAAGUAACCACUAUUGUACACUUGUCACUUGAAACCAUUUCUCCAGAGCCAGGAGAAAACAAGUUUCUUCCAUGUAACAGCCCUUUAUAUAUUUGAAGAUGGCUGUCAUACCUCUUCUUUCUGGAGUUCUCAAAAGCUUUCAUACACUAUUUUGUGUUGUUUUGGUUGGCCUAAUUAAGCCUAUUGGCCUAAUAAUGGCUUGGGGUUGUAUUAUUUUUAUUUUAUUUAUUGCAUUUAUAUACCACUGUUUCCUCCAAGGAGCUCAAGGUCAUCUGCCUGUUUCUCCCCUUCUUCACAACAGCCCUGUAAAGUAGGUUAGACUGUGAAGCAGUGACCGGCCUCCAAGGAUUCCCAGGGAGCUUCGUUGCGGAGUGGGGAUUCGAACCCUGGCCACCCAAGGCCUAGUCUGAUGCUCUAACCACUACACCACACUGGUUUUCAUUUGAACUCUUGCCUCUUUCUUUCUUGUGAGGCAGGACAACUGAGCCUGGCUGAUAAGACCAGAAAAGGUGCAAAGCAAGGGAACCUGGCUGGGGCCGGGGGUUGUGGGUGUUUCUUCAGAGCACCUUCCCGUCCCUCGCCUUGCCAGAGAGCUGGGGUUGCCUGAGGGACUCGGCCACAAGGCAAAUAAAGCCUUUCUUCUCUGUUCAAAUAGGCAGAGCUCAAAUUCUCAUCCAGCCCUUGUUGGCGUGAAAUGGAAAAGGGCCAGUUCAAGAUAAUGGAUUGUGCUAUCAAGUUAUUGCUUAACAAGGAAAAUAAAUAGUACCCAGCCCUUGUGUACACCCCUCUCAACGGGCGGACAGGUGUUUUGGUGUCCAGUUAAUUCAUCCAGGUCUGACUCUUGCUUCUUCUGGUUCUUUUUCCCCCACAGACCAUGGGUGGUUCCCCGAAAUCUGGCCACAAAAAGGCUGUUUACCUGCAGUGUUUACCCCUCCCCAGUUUAGACGUGCAUUUAUGCUGCUCAGGGUGUCGGAUCAUGCCCACAGAGCACCCGACUGCUUAAGUCUUUAACAGGAUUCUUUAGCUGAGAUCUGUGCAUUGCAAGGGGUUGAAUUGGAGAACCCUGCAAGUGUGGUUCUAGGCCAACAAGUGACUGCUUUGUGUCUCCCUUUAUACAACUCACCAAGGGAAAGGCUUAAGUUUGUUUCAUAAUUUCCUGGAAGAUCAACCAGAUUAUUUCAGAAUUAAUGGUUUCUGGCCAGUGUGCACGUGUUUGUAACCUGGCACAGGGCUUCCAAGCUGCGGUCCAGGCAGCACCAGCUGCCCAUGAGCUUCAUUCAGGUGGUCAUAGGGACUCUGUGGAUUUGUAGUUGGAGACAGCAGGCAGCCCAUCCAUCACGCUAAAUAUUCAUGUUGAUUUUUAAUUCUUGAAGUCUCCUUGUCUCAGACCACUUUAAACUUGGUGGACCACUCAGUGCUUUUUCUGUCUUUUCCAGCAACUGUGCUGUGCUGUGCUAGAUUAGUCAUAGCAUCAUGGAAUCCUAAAAUUGGGUGGGACACCCAGCGACCAUCUAGUCCAACCCCCUGCGAUGCAGAAAUCACAACUAAGGAAUCUGACAGAUGGCCAUCCAACCACCGUGUAAAAACUUCCAGUGAAAGAGAGUCUGAGAUGCCAAAUGAUUUCCAAUCAAUUUUUUCUGCUUUUAUUUAUUAUAUAUUGCACUUAAAGCCUGGCUUCCUCUCUCACUUCCAGGCAUCACCUCUGCUUUCCAUGUGUGUUUGUGAAAGGUGGGUCUUGAGGGCAUGAUAUCUGCAUUUCCAAGGGUCAAACAAAGUCUUCUCUUCCUGUUAGUCUCCUCCAGGUAUCGUCCAGGGGGCCGUUGAAGUGGCGAUAAAAAACGGCUACCGGCAUAUCGACUGCGCCUACUUCUACGACAACGAGGGGGCCAUCGGGGAAGCUUUCGAGAAAGUGUUGAAGGAAGGGCCAGUGAAGAGAGAGGACCUUUUUGUUGUCAGUAAGGUGAGCUGCUCUGCUGCUGCUGCUGCCAAGCGGCUAUGAAUACAAGUCCCUGGGGGAGGCUGGGUCUGAAAUAAGCUUUGAAAGCAAAAUCUAAAAGUCUGAAGUUUCUAGUUCAGAGCUUCAAGUUCAAAUUUCAGAGACUGGAUUUCCAAAUUUGCAUCUUGGUUAUAUAAAAUAAUAAUAAUAAUAAUAAUAAUAAUAAUAAUAAUAAUAAUAAAUAAAUACCCUGCCCAUCUGGCUGGGUUUCCCCAGCCACUCUGGGCAGCUACCAACAAAAUAUUAAAAUACAAUAGUCCGUCAAACAUUAAAAGCUUCCCUAAACAGGGCUGCCUUCAGAUGGUUCUGUUUCCCAUCAUUUGGUGGAUACAAAGGCAAGGAAGUUUACCUUAUUUAUCGCUCCUCAUUUGUCUCGUGUUUUUCCAGAGAAGAUCCCACCAUUGUAUUUAAGCCUUUGAAAAGAAAAGCUUUUUUUAAAAAAAAAAAUUACAGCAAUAUGUAAAUAAAAUUUCCAAUUAUUUUGAAUUCAUGCAAACUUUUAGACAUGCACGCACAAAUUCUGGUUGGGGAGACGGCCUGUGUCCUGUGAUGCUCUGAGGAACAAGAAGAGCAAGGAGGGCUGGUGUCCCAGAGGGGCCUCUGGCCUGAUCCAGACACAAUGCACUUCUAAUGUUCUAACAUGCAUGUCUCCUCGGACUUACUUGAAUGCUCUUCCUUUGGCAGCUGUGGAAUAGCUACCACGCUCCUGAAGAUGUGAAGCCAGCUUGCCUGGAAACCCUGAAGCUGCUGCGUCUGGAUUACCUGGAUCUCUACCUGAUGCACUCUCCCAUGGGCAUUAAGGUGAAAUGGAAGUCUGCCCGGCUGUCCUGAGCAGCUCAUUCUUCCAGCUGUUUCCCCAGAAAGGUCUCUCUUCUGGAAAUGCCCUGCUCUAUCUAAUCUGGAAGUCCCCACCCGAUAGUCCUUGACUGAGCCAAGUUGGCGGGGGCGGGGGCGGGGGGGGACCCUUUGCGGCUACACAGGAGUCAGGGAAAUGCACUCUGCAUCUGCUCAAGGGCAUUUAUGUCUAUUUGCGUUUCGUACGUUUCAGUAGCACCAAGUCUUGCAAUGCAGAAUAAAGGCUGCCUUUGGUCGGCUGGCAGGUUCAGUGUGGGAAGUUUGGAUAUUCACAGGUGGGGCUCACCUGAAGCAAUGAAGCAAUAGGCAGGCAGAUCUGCCCCAUGGAGAGGGAUCCAUGGGGCGGCUCCUCUGCACGAGCCUUGCAGAAAUGAACAGGACCUGUGCAAGAGGCCGGCAGUCGUGUCCCGUUCAUUUCAGUAUGGCUCUUGCGCGAGCAGAGCUUUCCAAACUGUGUGUUGCGACACGUUCGUGCGUCGGCUACAGUGUGUAAAUAUGCCAUGUGAAUGCUCCCCGUGCUGCUCCUGAGGCUGGAAAGGGGUAUAACCUCUGGUUUGCUUGUAUAACUGAAUUGCCGUGUCGCCGAAUGAUGCGAAACUGAAUGAUGCAUGUCUACAAAGUGUCACACCAACAUGAAAAGCUUGGAAAGCUCUGUGCUAGAGGAAUAAUCUGUGUCUCAGGUUCAUCAGGAGGGAAACAGGCGCCACCUGGUGGCAGCUGCAUCCCUUCCUGGUGGCGGUGGCCUGUUUGUGUACCGCAUUUUGCAUGACUAAAUACAUUUGUGCUCCAAUCAGUUCACAUUCUAUUUGAUUAUUGAUCUAUUAAAUUUAUAUACCGUAUUUUUCGCUCUAUAAGACGCACCAGACCACAAGACGCACCUAGUUUUUGGAGGAGGAAAACAAGAAAAAAAUUAUUCUGAAUCUCAGAAGCCAGAACAGCAAGAGGGAUCGCUGCGCAUUGAAAGCAGCGAUCCCUCUUGCUGUUCUGGCUUCUGGGAUAGCUGCGCAGCCUGCAUUCGCUCCAUAAGACGCACACACAUUUCCCCUUACUUUUUAGGAGGGAAAAAGUGAGUCUUAUAGAGCAAAAAUACGGUACCGCCCUUCAUCCAAAGAUCUCAGGGUGGUUCACAAAAUAAAAACACAAAAUACAUAAUAAAGACAAGAACAAGGAAAACCCAUAACGCCCCCCCCCAACACAUUUAAAAGCACAUGGAAUGUCCUUUUAAAUAACUAGCGGGGGUGCGGGUGGCGAUGGUGGGCUGAAACGUGGGAGCAUUAGGGAGGGGGUGCCCUGGGAAGGCAGGGGAACAGGCAAGCAGACCGACAGAGGAGGAGGGGAGAGGGGGAGCAGGGCAGCCCCCCCCCCAUGGCUGUGGAGGAAGUCACUGGCGGGGUGCAAAAGUUCAAAAGAAAAAUAAAUAAAGAAUAGUAAAAAAGCAGUGCACUCUCCCCCUCACACAGAACAUCUCCCAAAGUUCAUGUGGGCUGAUUGAGGAGCGGAUUUUGGCGGUGCCCACUUGCUAGGGCACCUUCCACACGGGCUUUAGAAAGAUACCCACUGCUGACCAAUCCUCUGUCCUGCUCUCUGCCAUGCUCAGCGCUCAUGGGGCACCGCCACUGCCACUUGGGUAGAUUGCCGAGCUGUUGCCCCUUCGUCCCAGCCUAUCAGCAGGUGGUGCCAAGGAGCUCCACCCCACGCUGCUCUCCCCCUUUGCCAGCUGGUGCUGCUGGUCUCAGGGGGGCUGCAGAGGUGGGGGGGCUGCUGGGGCAAAGGUCUCAAGGGGUUCAAUCUGCGCACAUUGAAGAUAAGAUAAGAAGUCUGUGUGGUGGAGUCUUUCAUUGACUUUAUUCAGUACUGGACUGGUGGACUCAGGGAGUGCUCAUGGGUCAGGGGGCACAAUACUUGCCUUGCCCCGGGCCCUGGCAACCCACACUAUGCCACUGGGACCGAUACGUCUCCUUGCCAAGGGCGCAAGGGAGCUUAGGUACACCUGCUGGGGGGAGGGCAUGCCUUGAUGGCUAGCACAGUCUCUCUCUUCCUCAUGCUCUCAUUCUCCUUUGUGUAGAACGUCAAGGGUGAUACCUUGCCCCAGAAGGAUGGGAAGGUUCUGCAGACUGAUGUUGAUUACGUGGACACAUGGAAGGUAAGCGACAACCACUGUGCCUCUUGCCACAAGUUGCCUGCUGGAUCAGAGUCCAGCUGAUAGAGAUACUGCCAAGGAAAGGGGCUCCUGACUUGGGAGUAAACCCCACUGAAUUCAGUGGGCCUCACUUCCAGGUAGUCAUGGCUAGCCUUACAUUGUCAUGUUCCUGUCCUAGGGCCUAGUUCACACACAGACUCAUAGUAAGCAAGAAACACAGGCAGCUUUUUAGAAAGUCCAGCUUGGAUCCCUGGUGGUGGGAGAGAACAAUGCUGCGAGGGCAGCUCACCUUUCUAAAGUCUCUCCCCCCCCCCCCAUCUUUGGAGGGUUGUGACUUCUGACCAGUAAGACGCUGAGUUCGUUGGUCAGGUCCUGCACCUCUCCCAUAGGCCUCCUAAGCACCAUUUUUGCAGAGACUGGCAGGAGAUAAGUGACAGACUAGCCUAGAGAAAUGGCGGGGGCAGGGUGGGGCCCUUCUUCACAGCCCACGCCACCUCAAAACACACAGGGCUACCACUUCACACCUUUGUCUACCAGCCAUCGUGUGUAGAGAAAACACAACCGGAUCUUCUUCCCUCCCAUGUUCCUGUUGCCUCUAGAGUGACCUUUGCCGACCUGGUGCCCUGCAGAUGUUUUGGACUACGACUCCCAUCACCCUUAGCCAGGGACCAGCUGCUCUUAAACUUUUGGACUUGUCCCUUUUCUUGCAGGCUAUGGAGAAGCUGGUGGAUGAAGGUCUGGUGAAGUCUAUUGGGGUGGCCAACUUCAACCAGUGCCAGUUGGAGCGGCUGCUCUCCAUCGCAAGGAUUAAGCCAGAUGUUCUCCAGGUAUCGUUCUUCUUCUUCUUCCAUUUGGAAGUGUCAGAAUUGUAUCCAAUAGGAGGGAGGCCAUGUUAGACAGCCUUGACCAUGGGUUCAAAUUCCCACUUGCUUGAGGAUGCACCUGGUGGCCUUAGAAGCUCAUGUUAUGAUCUCCCAGCAUUUGCUCCCUGGCUUUAUUGAUAUGUGCCACCCCAAUCUCCAAGCAGUGAGAGACUCCAGGGGUUCCACAUGCGUAGCCCGGGUUUGGUUUCCUUGUGGUGUUUUUAGGAUAUAUGGUGUAAUUUGCACAUCUAUACAACCUGAGUGUAAGAUGGAGGAGCUCACAGCAUCAGCACCCCAACAGAUCUUGCUUCUCCAUGAGUCACAGCUUUGGAUCCAGCACAGAGCAAGCUGGUCUCUGUUUCUCUAUCUUCCAGCCUGCUUCCAGCUCAGCUCUGUCUCUCACACUCUGGCUACUGUUCUCUUACCUAGCAGCUAGUGAGCAGGUGGAGGAAACGCCCACCAUCACUUGUAGUUCUUUCAACCUAGCCCAUUCUUUUGGGAUGCUAAUGAGGACACUUAAGUGGCCAGCUAAGGUCUUUGUCUUACAAAAAAGCUUGCCUGAUAGGUCCAGCAACCUCUUCUGUUAGUUUGCCUACCCAUGCUCUAGGCUCUCUCUUUCCUCCACAGGUGGAGCGGCACGUAUACCAGAUCCAGCGCGCGCUGAUUGCUUUCACCAAGGCCAAAAAGAUGGCCCUCACAGGAUACAGCCCCUUGACAUCCCCCAAGCGCCCCUUGUAAGACACUGUCUUUUGUACCUUAAGGGCCCCCUGUUCGCAUCUUCAGUAGUUCCUCUGGCAGGCAAUACUGGGUUGGGGGUGGGAUGGCUAGCCUGCGAAGAAGGGCCUCUGCAGGUGGCUUGUGGGCUUGGCAUGCGUCCUGAUUUCCCUGCACAGCCUAUGGCAGAGAAUAGAUUAUAUCCAGUCUCUAUUGAGCAUUCAUUCUGUUUUCUUUGGGUUGGAUAUUUAUAUGACAAUAAGCGUCCUGCCUCCAUCCCAGUCCCUCCGCGUGUCAUUUGGUCACACCACACUUUCCCAUCCUCACCAUGUUGCAAACCUCCCCUAGCAAACAACCCCCCCCUUUAAAGUGGAUUGUUGUGCUAGGGCAACAGAACCUUUCAACUCACUUUAAUGGUGCAGACACACCCCUACAGUUUGGGGGUGUGCUUGAAUCCCUCCUGAAAAAUAGCGAGAGUCUGGAGGCAACCUGAGUUACGUCAGGACACAGUUCUCCAGUGGAGCUUCAUUCCUAGAAUAAAGAACCAGGUGGAGUGGAGAUGUCUUUAAGACAUCCUCGCUUGCACUGAGCUGUUGGGAGUGAAGGAAGUGUCCCCCAAUCUGGUCAGCUCUUGCAUGUAAAAGGUACAAAACCAGAAUCACUGGAGCAGUCAAGUCCUCAAAGGUGUUGUGCCUUGAUUUACUGAGUUAAAAAGCAGAUGAUUAAUCAGCUGAUUAGAUUCAAAUGUGUGUUCAUAUUACUCUUCUUGAGACACCAAGGAAAGGGAAGAUGAUUUGUAAUUUGAUAAACAAAAACAACCAUCUGUUAGACCUCUAAUAACCUCAUUUUCUCUUUAAUUUAUUGCUACAAACAUUCAGCACAAGCAGAGUAGAUUGAAAACCAGACCCAUCAAUUAAGAUAAGAUAAUCCUCCAGAUUAAUUAGCUAAAGCUUUGGUUGCUUAAUCCACAUGCUGAUAGCCCCGGGCUCCUUUGGAAGGGAGGCAUAGACAUUAAAAAAACUAAUUGAUUAAAAAUGCAAAAGAAAAACAGCCUUAGUUUGAAAGGCUCUUUCCUCUCUAGCCCUCCAGGUCCUCUGGAUCCUAAGAAUGGCAUGGAGGACCCUGUGGUGAAGGAGAUUGCUAAGAAGCAUGGGAAAUCCCCAGCUCAGGUAAAGUGUUCCAGGUGUGCAGGUGUGUGUGGAGGUGUGUGCAAAUAGUUGUGGUUCAAACAGAAAACGUCUCCUUUUUUGCAAGUUGACUGCUUGUGUCAGGAGUUACGACCCAAGAUCAGAGGUGGGUGGGGAAUACAGAGAGCAAGGCAACGGUACCAGUUUCGAAAGUGUUGUAUUAAUUUUGCUUGUCAAAUAAUUCCCAAUCAUGCAACACAGCUACUCAAGCGCUGCAAAGAUUGUUUCUCUAACUAGCCAGCCAGCCUAGUAUCACAGACGGAUGGAUGGAGGAGAACAUUGGAGGGCAGCUCGCUGGGGUGCCGCAGAGCCCUUUCCCUCAAAAUGUCUGCGUCUCUAAAGUACUUACCAUUUUCCUGCCAUUAGUUGUUCAGUCCAAGUCUCUUUGUUGACGAAGGCCCAAGUUGCAUGGCAGGCUAGCUGACAUUGCAUAAUCAGGAUGCUGUUGCCGUUUGUGGAAGACCACUGCCCUGACUAGGCAAUUUCAACCAGUCCUUGCCUUGACAAGCUGUAACUUCCAAGGAAAGGAGAUCGCCUCAAAGUCAAAGCCCUGCUUAUCUGAGAUGGUUCAAAUUGCUGAAAGCGGUUGUUGGCUGAGUUAACAUCCAGUCAGACAGUUUCUCCUUCAUUCAGCAUGUGACUGGUUAUAUUUAAAAGAGUCAUAUGAUAGAGAUAAUGGAAGCAAAAGUGUUGUGAAUACAUGAGUCCACAAGGUUUAUUGAACAAAAUAGCUGUUUUUUAUCAUGGUUCUUAUUGCAUGUGCAGUUUUUCUUGAGCUACUUCUACGGCUUCACGUGAGUUAGAAACAACAAUAAAAAAAUAUCCAGUAAAACAUUUUUAAAAACAUAACAAAACACCAUAAUGCUUUAGAAUGCCUCUUCCUGAAUGGCCUCCUAAUAAACAGCUUCAGGACCUAGGUCAGGCUCUGACUUUGGUGGAUCUCUAGAAGGCCCCUUCCUAAACCACCUCUCUUUGUGCCUUUGCUCUCUGAAGUCAGUGCAGGAGCAAGGAACGGCCUUUGUUGUUGGUCUAAGGAUUGGGGAGGGACCAUAGACUCAGAUAUAUAGCUGCAAAUAAAACAUUUUAAGUGUGCUUUAAGUGAAAUAUACAGUGUGACACUUAAGUGCCUCAGUGCCUAGGACCUGCCGAUCGUAUGGUUGGCGGUUCGAAUCCCUGUGGCGGGGUGAGCUCCCGUCUUUCGGUCCCAGCUCCUGCCCACCUAGCAGUUCGAAAGCACCCCUAAGUGCAAGUAGAUAAAUAGGGACCGCUUACCAGCGGGAAGGUAAACGGCGUUCCGUGUGCUGCGCUGGCUCGCCAGAGCAGCUUCGUCACACUGGCCACGUGACCUGGAAGUGUCCGCGGACAGCGCUGGCUCCCAGCCUCUAGAGUGAGAUGAGCGCACAACCCUAGAGUCUGUCAAGACUGGCCCGUACGGGCAGGGGUACCUUUACCUUCACCUUUACAGUGUGACACUGGAUGGCGAUGACGAGCCUUAGAGAAAAUUCUAUGUAUUUUUAAAAGCACUUUAAAAAAAAGCAUUUUCAGACCAUUUUUUGUAUGUGUGUAGAUUUCACACAUGAAGAAGCUCCCAUGUUCAGUCCCUGACACUUCAGUUAAAAGAUCUGAUGGCAAAACUGGGAAAGACCUUCGAGAACUCUGUGGGCAAAGCAGAUGAUAUUGGGCUACAUCAUCUCAUCUGAUCCUGUAUAUAAAACAGCUCCGAAUCUUCACAAGGAUGCACCAGGGCACAGAAGCUGUAGCACUAAGAUAGGAAGGGGAUGGUAGAUUCUUACAUGGAAGCUGAAUUGACUGGCACUGCAGAACUGCUACUUGCAGUAUCUUGGGGACAUGAGUAAGAAUCUCUUCCAGGUGAGCAGUUGGGGGAAGCUUUUUCUACAACUGACAAAGGAAGAUAAGCAAAGCUGCCUUUCACAGAGUCAGACCACUGCUCCAUCUAGCUCAGUACAGUGGUACCUCGGGUUACAGACGCUUCAGGUUACAGACUCCGCUAACCCAGAAAUAGUACCUCAGGUUAAGAACUUUGCUUCAAAAUGAGAACAGAAAUCAUGCGAUGGCAGCGGGAGGCCCCAUUAGCUAAAGUGGUACCUCAGGUUAAGAACAGACCUCCAGAACGAAUUAAGUUCUUAACCAGAGGUACCACUGUACUGGCAACACUGGCCAGUAGUAUUCAGGCAGAGACAUCUCUCAGCCGUACCCAGAGAGGCCGGGGAUUGUACCUGCAGAGACAGCGACUGCUUCUAUUCAUGCAUCACUAACAAUAUCCACGGACGUAUGCUGGCAGGCUAUAUUAUUAUUACUGAUAAUAUUUAUUUCUAACCACCUCCCUUUUCUGUUUAAAAACACACACAUGAAGUGCUUACAGUGAAGGCUCAGUAAAAAUAUUUGCAAGGCCUUUGUGGUGGCUGUAGUGUUGACAGUGGAGGGGGCACUGACCGUCCCCUGGGUGAGGGCAGCUGGUUCAAGGCAAACUGGGUUGGUGGUCCUGGCUCUUGAAAAAGGCAGGUGUCCAAGUUUGUGAUGAUGAAUGUUGCCAGUUCCCGGACACAGCAAGUACAUGGAGAGUCCAAAUGAUGACCAGUCUCUCCUUAUCGCCAUUGUCUCCACAGAUUCUGAUCCGCUUCAACAUUCAGAGUGGCAUAGCCACUAUUCCAAAAAGCCAGACACCUGCUCACAUCAUCGAGAAUUCAAAGGUAAAGUAGACGUCAAGCUCUUUCUGCUAACACCUUUAAACGCUUCAAGAUGCUGCAGACUGGAGGCUUAAAGGGCCGAAGUUUAGGAUGCUACUUGAAGUAUGAAUUGUGUGAUCUUGCUGUUAAGGGGGCGAGUAAGCCCAUAGAUAUCAAAGCUCUUCUUUUGAAAAAGUGUACAUGAUUAUUUAAAUAUUUGUUCCUUUGGACUGUUAAGCACUGAGAGUAUACCACAUAUUUUAAAUUCGCAUGAAAAUAAAUAUAAAAAUGCAGCAUUAAGCUAGAUCUUGAAAUGCCAUGAUCCAUAAUUCAACUAUCUUGUAUUCUGAGCAGACAAACUGGAAAUUAAUGGACAUGACUAAAUUGGGUCCAUUAAUCUCAGUGGAAAUUACUUAGAUGGUUAUCACCCAAAAAGACCAGUAUCACAGUUAAACAAUAUCAACUUAAAAUGGCCAAUUUAUUUUUUUUUACAAAAGGGAGGGGUUCGCCUUUGUAACCUCAGCCAAAUGGAAGGCCAAACACUGAGUCUUCAAUGAAUUUUGGAGCAUGGGUUGUGAAAGUCUCUUAUAACCCCACAUAAUUUGCCUCCCUCUGACUGGUGUCAAAAGGUAGUUGGGGUGCAGGAGAAAGCUGUUUCUAAAAAAAUAUCCAUUAAUAUCUUUGCUACCAACUUGAAAGUAAGGGGGUUUAAAGUUUCUGUCUUGGAUAUCAGGCCUCCUUUUCAAAGACUGCACCUACUUGCACGGAGCCAAGCCAAGAAAUUCCAAGCAAAAGUCAUUGCUUCUGUUCUUUUAUAGGUUUUUGAUUUCCGACUGACGGAUGAAGAAAUGAAAAAGCUGGAAUCGCUGCACUGUGGGGCACGGGCUGUGGCCUGGGACAUCUUAGGGUGAGUCUGUGCGCUGAAAACAUCGGACACUUUAGGGUGUGCGACAUGUAAUUAUUUUAUUGCCUUAUAUCUCACCUUUUUCUUAAAGAUGCUCAAAGUAUCUUUAAUCCCAAUUUAAUCCCCACAACAACCCUGUGAGGUACGUUAGGCUGAGAGGCAGUGACUGGCACGUGGUCACUGAUGGCCGAGUGGGGAUUUGAACCAUCGUCUCCCAGGUCCUAGUCCAAUGCUCUAACCACUACACCACACUGGCUUCCCAGCACAACAUGGAGAGCAAAGGUGCUGUCUAGGUGGAUGAAACACCCACAUUGGCCUCUGUUUGACCUGUAAAUGGGGGAAAUGUGGCUUUCUUGAGCUCUCUCCGGCUCAGUUUACCUCUGUAGAACAAUUGUCAUGAGGUUGCUGACAGUCAGAUUGGCCAAUGAAGAUGGGUCACAGCUCCUUAGCGAUAAACCCACCCACUGUGUUCAACAGAGCCAGCAACUCAAGUGCUCAGUGGCUGGGAAAGACUAAGCAGAGGCUUGACCUCUGAACUCACAUAGGGGUGGCCAACUUUUUGGGUGAGCGUUCUGCAACUCAAAACCAUAGGAGGCACCACUAACUUUGUUGGGUGCUUUGUUUGUUUAUUUCAUAAAUUUUGUACCUCGCUUGAUUGUUAAAAACACACACCAAAAACCUCAAAGUGGUUUACAAAAGAGAGAAAACAAAAAAAUUACCAGUAGCAACAACUCCUUAAAACAUUCAUAAGAUAAAACCAGCAAUAAACCAAAAACAGAUUAAAAAGCACAGCAACAUUCUACAUGUCUGGUUAGCCUUGUCUAAACAAAAAUGUUUCUAGCAGGAGCCAAAAAGAGCACAGCCAAGUUGCCUGCCUGAUAGCAAUGGGCAGGGAGUUCCAGAGGGUAGAUGCUGCCACACUUAACUUUAGCAUCUCCACGCAGACACGAGGCUUUGUAAGCAUUGUUUAUAUUUGGAAACAGCUGUAUGUGGUAGGAACAACCAGCGGGUUUUUUUGUUUUUGUUUUGGAAUCAUAAUAAUAAUUAUUUAUACCCCGUCCAUCUGGCUGGGUUUCCCCACUCCGGGCGGCUUCCAACAAAAUAUUAAAAAUACAAUAAAACAUCAAACAUUAAAAACAUCCCUAAACAGGGAUGUCUUCGAUGUCUUCUAAAAGUCAGAUAGUUGUUUAUUUUCUUGACAUCUGAUAGGAGGGCAUUCCACAGGGUCAGUCCCACUACCAAGAAGGCCUUCUGCCUGGAGGAACAACCAGCGCUCACAGCAAAGCUUUUAGGUAGAAGAUGCUGCAGGGCUGUCAGUGAUUUAAGGAGUGUUGCUUUUCCUUGCAGGAUGGGGACCCACAAGCACUACCCGUUUACCAAGGAUGAGUGAUUCUGCAAGCAACAGCGCUCACCCCUCCCAGGCUUCAAGGCAUGGAAAUAAUGGAGACGGCUUCUGCAUUUUGCAUCUAACCAAAGCGAGUUGAUUCUGCUCUCCCAAGGCUGACUGCUCCUUGCACUCCCUGUGUCCACUUAUGGGGCAUAAGUGAAAUGAGCACGAGUGGUUUGUCUGCAGUGAGGUCUGGUGCUUCUGCUUCCGCUGGACUUGACCCUGCCCCACUGGCAGAGGAAGGGGGUGCGACAGGUGUGGCCUGCCCUAGGUGUCAUCCCUGAGGGGGGGUGACAUCAGCGUGCCACCCCCCUGGGAGUCUAGCCCUACCCCCAAAUAAACAGCUUGCCCCACAUGUUGGAGUUUAAAUGCUUGACUUUAUAUGCACGCUCAGCUUUCUGAAUCGCACCUGCAGUUUGAAAAGUUCUGUAUGCUUGGGGUGAGGGAGAAUGUUAAGUGUGUUCCAUUUCCCCCCCUCUGAAAGUUCACUGAAUGAAAAAAAUAAAAAUAUUCUCCCAUAGUA